CAUGGAAACAUUGAAAGAACACACACAAAAAUGGCGACCUUCAUCAUGUUAAUGGAAAGAAGGCGAGAAAUUAUCGUAAAACUAUUUGAAAACACAAGUGAAUCUGAAGAUCAACGAACUGUAGAGUAUGCUGCUGCCRUGAAAAUUCAAAGCUGGUUUAGAGCCACAAGAGUCAGAGCAUAUAUCAGAUAUUUAAAUUCCUGUGCAAGAACAAUACAAAGACAUUUUAGAGGUUUCAAAGGAAGAGAAAUAUAUAGGCAGCUUGUUAAGGAGCAUGUUGCUAAAAUGAGAAUAAACUAUUAUAAUUGCCAAGCAAUAAAGAUUCAAAAAGUUUGGAAAGGAUACUAUACAAGAAAAUAUAUCCAUAACUUCUACAGCAGGAAAGCUUUCCUUGAAGGACUGGCUGUCAGAAAUGCAACAGUUAGGGAAAAACUUCAAAAUCUUGCACUUUCUGCUGCUCAGGAGGCAGAAAUUAAGAAAAUGGAAAAAGAAAAGUCUGACAGGAAAAUGGAAGCAGAAAAGACCCACUACUUGAUCAGCACACAUCAGAUACCUGGUGUGUACAACCCACAAUUUACAGGAAUUACAGCAAAGGAAAUUGAACUAAGAGCAACAAAACCAUUAAGUCCAAAAUCACGAGCUGCAUUGAGUGCAAGACUUCGAACAGGAAGAAGUAAAAGCCUGAGUGACAAAGAAGUUAUCAUUGAUGAGSAAAAUAUGAAAUAUAAGCCUCUUCCUCCUAUAAAUGCUCCAAAAAUUCAGGGUCCCUUCCGUACUCCMGAGGAAGUUUGGCAGCAACGACAUAAGUCUCUCAACCCUACUCUUCGAGUUGCUACAGCAUAUGAUUCGGCUGAACAAACCAGAAUGGAAAUGAAAGCAAAGGAAUGGGUUACAAGAGUUAUCGAUGAUAAGUUUGUACCUUUCACACACAGACUUCGUCCUUACGAUCCUCUGCUUCACACCACUUCAUCUUAUGGAAGCUUGCCUUACGGCACCAAACAUUUCAGAGAGGAAAACCCACCAGAGCACAUCAGUAAUCAGCGCUUCAAGACGGUUGUUUCACCCAUUCCUAUAUUCGAACAAUUUGGAAAGACCUAUUAAUUGAUAUUAGUGUACAUAUGAACAGUAGAGGAUUAGAAUAAACGUUUUAAGGACUGUA